UUCACCCAUUUUACACGUAGUAAUACAAAACCGAAAAAAAUACAAUAUUCUUACUUUAUCAAAUCGUAAUAUAACUCUUUCCUAUUUUAUCCAUUCCUAAUGCAAUUACUUUCUUACUUUCAUAAACUCUAAUAGAAUGAUUAGUUGAAUAUAAACUUAUCUUUUAACAAAUGGAAAGAGUCAAAAAUGAAUUUAUUAUGAAACGGAUGAGUGCCUAUAAUGUUCCAAAAAUCCUGCAGCGUAAGGCCCAGGCGCCCAGCAAAGGCAACAACUUCUCUACUCUAGUCAGACAGGAGUACACAUGGCCGGUGCCCGUGCCUCGCAUGUCCUGGGGUUUAUGUGGCGCCGUGUCGCCGUCUGUAUACCAACUGCUCCUCGCUUUCGUUUCUCCGAGAGGUUUAGGUUAAUCUCUUGGGCACCGUGUCCCUCCUGCAACCAACACAACACCACAGAAAAAGCGCGCCACUAGCAAUUCCAACUCCACCCAUGGCGCACCUACUGCUCCCGUAUAAAUCUUGCGGCCUCGUUGCGACAUGCAAUGCACAACGGCGGCGGCGGCGGCGGCAGCAGCAAGUGAUCUUGGCACUGUUCGUUCUUGUGAUUCUUGUCCUGUCUCUUCCGGCAGCGGCGAGCGCGCGGCGAGCAUGGUCGACAAGGCGGCUGUGUGGCUGGUGGUGAUCGCGCUCGCCGCGGCGGCGAACGGCGCGUUCGCCGGCCGCGUCCUCGAGGAGCAGCCUGCGGCUGCGCCGGCGCCGGCGGAGGCUCCUGUGGCGCCGGUCGACCCGCUGCCCGCGCCGACCGACCCGCCCGCUGACACGGUGGUAGCCCCCGCGGCCGUGCCAGCCGGUGGCGCUGCCGCGACGGGCAAUGCGGGGGUGGGCGCGGCUGGUGGUGGUGCCGGCGCGGGCGACCACCACCAGCUGACGUUCUUCAUGCACGACAUCCUGGGCGGGUCGCAGCCGUCGGCGCGCAUCGUGACGGGCGUGGUGGCGAGCGCGGCGGCGAACGGGCAGCUCCCGUUCGCGCGGCCGAACGACAACAUCUUCCCGAUCCAGGGCGCGAUGCCGCUGCCGCAGGGCGCCAGCAACCUCGUCAACGGCAACAACGUCCCCUACGUCGCCGGCCUCGGCGGCACGUCCUCCGCCGCCAUCGUCCAGGGCAACGGCAACGGCAACGGUGGCAACAAGAACAUCCCCUUCGUCAACGCCGGCGACCUGCCGUCCGGCGCCACGCUCCAGAACCUCCUCUUCGGCACCACCACCGUCAUCGACGACGAGCUCACCGAGGGCCACGAGCUCGGCGCCGCCGUCGUCGGCAGGGCGCAGGGGUUCUACGUCGCCAGCUCGCAGGACGGCACCAGCAAGACGCUCGUGCUCACGGCCAUGUUCGACGGCGGCGGCGUCGAGGCGCACGGCGACACGCUCAGCUUCUUCGGCGUCCACCGGAUGGCGGCGCCGGAGUCCCACGUCGCUGUCAUCGGCGGCACGGGCAAGUACGAGAACGCCAAGGGGUUCGCCGUCAUCCAGACGCUGCACCCCGGCGACGAGCACACCACCGACGGCGUCGAGACUCUCCUCCAGUUCAGCAUUCACCUCAUCUGAGUUGCUUCCAGCUUAGUAGUCCAUUCCAAACAGUUUGGCCUUGCAGCUUAUGCUGCUUCUCAGCUUCAUGAAAAUGCUUGUAAUUUCAAGUACUACGUGACAUUGUAUUCUACCAUGUACUAGUAGUUGCUUUGAUCACAUGAUUAUACUAGUAUUAUGUGAGGUAACAGAAGUAUCUGUCUGAUGCUAUCUAAUAGCGAAAAUUCGCAGGACAGAAUUGGAUGGGUUAACAAAGUAUAAUUCCAUGAAAAGUCUCUAUGUUUAUGUAAAAUUCUAGUAGUACUGUUGUCUGAAAGGCUAAGCUUUCGAUGACAAAAUUCUGUGACAAAA